AUGCCGCGCUGUAAGUAUUCCAACGUUCGUGCAUUUUGCCAACCGAAUCGCCUCGUUCCCUUCCUCCCUUCGCACCCCCAGUGGUUUCUCUCGGGCAGAAUAAAGGCGCCGCAGCAGGAGGCUCGGCCGGGCCCCGAGCCGGAGCGUCCGGUUGACGUGUUGCUGCUUUCAACACCCGCUCCACCCGCAGUAGAAGCACCAGAAGCAGCAGCAGCAGCAGGUGAGGCAGCAGGGGGAGGGGAAGGCGCCAGCGCCGCCCCUCCUCCAGCCAGCACCGCUCCCCAGGUCCGACUGCUUCUCUCCUUCCCCGCCUGGCAGGGCUGCCUGCAGGGCGAGGGGUGCGCAGCGGUGCAGAGCGGUAGCCAAUGCAGGGAGGGGGAUGGGGGGGAAAGGGAUGGGGACGCGGGGCAGGGGAGCGAGGAGGGCAGGGAGGCAGGAGGGUUAGGAGGAGAGGGGCAGAGGGGUUUAUCAGAGGGGGCGUGGGGUUUGGCGGAUCCUAGUUUGGAUGGAGCGUGCUGCUCGCUCUCCCUCAUUCCCCACCGGCCCAGUGCUGCUGAUGUCACACCAGGAGAAGAGAGGGAGCAAGGAGAGCAGGGGAAGCAUGGGGAGCAGGGGGAGGAGGAGGAGGAGGAGGAGGAGGAGGAGGAGGAGGAGGAGGAGGAGGAGGAGGAGGAGGAGGAGCAGGGCGAGCAGGCGGGCAGGCAGGCGUGGAUGCUCGUAUCUGUGUCACACAAUGGGCUGGUCUGCUUGCGUGAGGUGGCGCUGGUGCCUAAGGGGGGUAGAGGGGAGCCUGAGAGGGUGGGGGGGGAGAGGGGGAGUGGGAGGGAUGAAGAGUUGGAGGAAGGGGAGGAGUUGGAGGAAGGGGAGGAGGUGAGUGAGGGAGAGGAGGAGGGGGAAGAGGGGCAAGAUGAGGGUGCGGAAUGGGCGGCAGAGCAGCGGCUGGUGCGGCGGUUUGUGGCGAUUGCACCGCGUAAGCCUUCAAAGAGGAAGAGAAAGCGGCAGGGCGGUGGUGAGAGUGACGUGGGUGGCGAUUCAGGGGCAGGAGGGGGCUCAGGUGAUGUGACUGCUGCUGCUGGUGCUGCCAAUGGUGGUGGUGCUGCUUCUGCCAGCAGUGCAGGUGGUGUGGGUGCAACAGCAGGGGGAGCAGAGAGGCCUCGUCUGCUCUGUGCUGCUGUGGACCCCACUGGAGCCACCGUGGCUGUUGGCGGGUCAGUGCUCUCGCCUCCUUCCUUCCCCUUCCCCUCCCAUUAUCCUCCUCACUCCCUCGCCUGCUUUGUACUGCUGUGGAUCCCAGCACAGAGCUGCAUCGCCAGAUAUGCCACUUGCUAUUGCCAAAUACGCUGCUCGUCUCCCCUCGUCUCUCCUCCCUUACCGCCCUCCUUUACUCCUCCCCCUCCCGAGCCCAUAUGGUGCGGUGGUGCCGAAGCACCUAAGCCUCCCUGCUCUCCUCUCUCAAUCCUCUGCUCGCCUCCCCGCACUCCCAAUCCUGCUGCACAACCCCCCCUCUGCACAACCUACCCCCCCCAGCCUCUCCCGAGCCCAUACGGUGUGGUGGCGCCGAAGCACGUGACAGCGGUGUGCCACGUCAGCGCAUGCCACCCGUCACGCCUCGUCACCGCCUGCCAGGACAACUCGUUGCGAAUCUUCGACCUUCUUUUGCAGCCGCGCCCCCUGAAAGUUGUUUCUCUGGGCACCGUGCCCGUCCGCUCGCUUGCUGCUGUAUGGAGCAAGGGUGGUGGGGAGGAGUGCAGUGCGGUGACAGUCGGAACGGGCAUGGGGGAGAUGAAGCUGGUGGAUUUGACACACGGUCGCAUCGCUGGAGUAUUCAAGGGCGAGUGUGCGGGCUCCAUUCGUUCCCUCGCCAUGCAACCAUCGCUGCCCCUCGUGGCCUCAUGUGGUCUUGACCGCUACCUGCGCAUACACCACCUGCACUCUUGCCGCCUUGUCGCCAAGGUGUUCCUCAAGCAACCACUCAACUUUCUCUGCUUCCUGCCAGAAGGGGCAGCCACUGGGGUAGCUGCAUCAG